AAGCAGAAACACACGCGCCCAACUUUUUCGGGACAUCAAAUUUUUGCCCUGGAGAAAACUUUUGAGCAGACGAAGUACUUGGCAGGCCCUGAACGAGCCAGACUCGCAUUUGCACUGGGAAUGUCGGAGAGUCAAGUCAAGGUCUGGUUCCAAAAUCGAAGAACGAAGUGGCGUAAGAAGCACGCCGCAGAAAUGGCGUCAGCCAAAAAACGACAGGAAGAACGAGCCGACAUGUUUGAGGGAAGUAGCAUGCCGGAAGAAGAU